GAGUUCCUCGACCAAUGACAUGAUAUGGGCUGGGCAUGUUGGAAGUUUCCUCAUGUAGCAACAUCAUUCCCUGGACUGACUUGUUUGUUGACGGCCAAGAUGGAAUUCCUUAUGGGAAAUCCGUUCACUACCCCAGUGGGGCAUUGCAUUGAAAGAGCAACUGAUGGGUCGCUGCCAAGUGAAGAUUGGACUCUUAACAUGGAAAUAUGCGACAUUAUCAAUGAAACAGAAGACGGGCCAAAGGACGCAAUUAGGGCAGUGAAAAAAAGACUGAAUGGCAAUAGGAACUACAGAGAAGUGAUGCUCGCUUUAACGGUGCUGGAGACUUGUGUAAAGAACUGUGGCCACCGGUUUCAUUCUCUAGUCACAAGCAGAGACUUUGUUGAUGGCGUCCUUGUUAAAAUCAUCUCUCCUAAAAACAACCCUCCCACCAUAGUUCAAGACAAAGUGCUGGCCCUGAUCCAGGCAUGGGCCGAUGCGUUUAGGAGCAGUCCAGAUCUCACAGGUGUUGUUCAAAUCUACGAAGAACUAAAAAGAAAGGGAAUCGAGUUCCCCCUGUCUGACCUUGAGACACUGUCACCGAUUCAUACACCUCAGCGGGUAGGAGGGCAUCACACACAAGCAGACAAUUGUUGGAAAGUGCAACUGAAUGGUUUUCUCAUGUUAUUUGUUGCUUUCUACCAGACCGCAUCAGCUCCAGAAGGAGACUCAGCUCUACACAAAUACACCGCUCCUUCCCAACCUGUCCAGCAGCCUGUUUCAAAACCCUACACAAACCCUCAGGUUCCCAACAUUCACCCUUCUGGAGCCGUGAACCCAACACCUGAACAGAUUUGCAGACUGCGCAGUGAGCUGGAUGUUGUUCGGGGAAAUACAAAGGUCAUGUCUGAGAUGUUGACUGAGAUGGUCCCAGGACAAGAAGACACUUCAGAUUAUGAGCUACUACAGGAGCUGAACAGGACAUGUAGAGCCAUGCAGCAAAGAAUAGUUGAGCUCAUAUCAUGUGUCUCAAAUGAGGCUGUGACUGAAGAGCUGUUGCACGUAAACGACGACCUCAAUAACAUCUUCCUGCGCUACGAAAGAUACGAGCGGUUCAGAUCUGGAAGGUCCACAGCUCAGAGUGUAAACAAUGGGGUCUUAAGUGAAGCGACGGAGGACAACCUGAUAGAUCUGGGCCCUGCCUCGCCAGCAGUGGUCAGCAACAAGCCAGCCCCGACCAGCUUACCUCCGAACGUCACUGCUGACGCCGGGAGACCAUCCUCUCCAGCCACUUUGGCCUCUCGCCUAGCUGGACUAGAUGUUGGCGCACAGAGCGUGAGCAGCACUCUGAGCUCUUUAACCAGCUGCAAGCCUCCAGGUUCUCAGGACGAGUUUGACGUGUUUGCUCAAACUAGGACUGGAUCGCUCCCUGAACCGAACAUGAUGAUUCCGGCAGAGGACGGCCAGACUGCUGGUGCUGCUGCUGUUCUUCCUCCUCCCACUAUGGACGUCAAGCAGCCACGAGCAGGAGUGUGUUUGGGAGGUCAGUCCUCUGUCAUGGAUGACAUAGAGGAGUGGCUAAGUACUGAUGUGAAAGGCGAUGACGGUGAGGAGGGCGUUACAAGUGAAGAGUUCGACAAGUUCCUGGAGGAGCGAGCCAAAGCUGCAGAGAUGGUCGCCAGUAUGCCAUCCCCGCCGUCCGGCGACCCUAGCACAGAGCAGGAAACCCCGAGCCACAAGAAACCGGACAGGCCGGAGGACACCUUGUUCGCUAUGUAGACGUCUGCUUCCGCGAGAGGAUGGCUUGGACCAAACCAUGUCGAAUAACACUAUUUUGAUGUACUUACUACAGUAAUGUGUCCUCAUAGAAAGGGAAUCUGUGAGUCUAAAAGGGAAAAACGUAACAAAAUGGUCUAUUUUCAUAUGUUUAAAAAAGGGGAUGAGUAGCAUGAAAGGACAGUUUCGUUCCCGUAUGUGUCUACAUGCUAGCAUGUCAACGUACAUGGGUUCCCCUUUAACCUACAGUGCCCCCAAAUUUCCCAGCAUGCAUUAGCACAUGAUUAGUGAUAUAUAUUUUGUUGCUCAACUCUCUGGUUUGUUUUAAUAGUCCCUAGCAUUCCUACGGCAAUAUUGCGUUUCCGUUAAGUUCCUCUGCAAGUUAUGAGUUAAAGUGUAAAUGUGUAAAUGACAAAUGUCCUUAUGAUGUACAUUUCAUGCUACGUAUGUACAUGAGAAAUUAAAUAUACAGUUGAAUUCUAUGAGGGAGGGAUGGGAUGGCUCAUGAGCCUUUGCUUCUUGGCUGCUGUAUGAUUACGAAUGCACCCGACUGCACAAGGGAAGUGAACCUGUUGACAAACUGCAAACUGAAUUGUUUUAUUUGGGAUAGUUGUUCUAUUUGGGGCCGAAUCAGCCCUUUUUUGUGUGUUGCAGAUGUUUGUAUGUCAUGAAAUUACUUGGGUUGUUUGUGUCGUCUUAAAGCUGAGAGAAAAGGUUCAGGGGCAGUUCUAUUUUUCUUUAGUUCAAGACCAAAUGUGUAGGGAUACUGCAAGGGGAAUGAGUUUAUCAGGCAGAUAUGUCAUUGUCACUUUUGUGCUGUUCGCGCAGUUUUUGUGUGCACAUGUUGUAUGCUGACGUCUUUAUAAAAGGCUAUGACCUUUGCACCAAAAAUGAGCUCAUGUGCUACAAAUGAGACCUUUCAUUGACGGGAGUUAACGUGUUCCUUAGCGCAAGCGUGCACUUUGGCUAUGGUGUGACAUUUAAACUUUGUGUAUAAAUCAGCUGAAGGAUGAGCGCUUGGAUGUAAUUAAUUCAGUUUGGGAGUUUUGAAAUAAUUUAUUUGUAUUCAUCCCCACCUUAAGAUGAGUAUUUUAAGUGGUUUUGUUGCUCAAGGAGCGUAUGUGGAAAUGAUCGACGUUUAUUUUUGUGGCUUUUUAUGGAGUCAGAUAUGUUUUAUACAUCAAUGCUGGGUGAUGUAUUGUGAAUUGUUUCUGUUGGUGUUUUUGUGGGUUGAAUGUAAACAAAAGCAUUGCCUGUCAUUGUCAUGAAGAUUAUUUUUCUUUUUUUUUAAACUUUGUAAAGAAUCACAUACGAAGUAGUGUCUGAUAAUUUCCAGGACGAGUGUCUCUGAAGGUAUUUACAGUGUAUCACAAAAGUGAGUACACCCCUCGCAUUUCUGCAGAUAUUUAAGGGUAUCUUUUCAUGGGGCAACACUGACAAAAUGACACUUUGACACAAUGAAAAGUUGUGUGCAGGUUAUAUAAUAGAGUUCAUUUAGUUUCCCCUCAAAAAAAAUCAAAAUAUAGCCAUUAAUAUCCAAACCUUUGGCAACAAAAGUGAGUACACCGCCCGUCUCAUCAGACCAUAGGGCAUGGUUCCAGUAAUCCAUGUGCUUUGUUGACAGGUCUUCAGCAAACUGUUUGCGGGCUUUCUUGUGUACAGUCUUCAGAAGAGGGUUCUUCCUGGGGUGACAACCAUGCCCACCAAUUUGAUGUAGAGUGUGGCGUAUGGUCUGAGCACUAAUCUGCAGGAAUGCGAGGGGUGUACUCACUUUUAUGAUACACUGUAAAUCUAAACUGCAUGUUUUCAUUAUUGUUGAUCAAGUCGAAAGUGUGAAAGAGUUGUGACCGCUUGUCGACGCUUCACCAAGUACGACUCUAAAAAGGAAGCAUGUAAUUUGGAUUUUCUAUUGGUACUUUUGUGACACCAGUCCUGGAAUUUGUGUUGUGUGACACACCUCGUACAUUGCUGUCAUGUUUGUCCUGUUUCAGGCAAGUUAUGCCAAUGUGUCCUCAUUGUAGCUGAACACACCCGCUACCCUGGAGAAGUCUUUGUGCAUCAUUGGACACUAGAGAGGGAAAAUGCUAAUGUGUGUGAAUUUCAUUUUGUGUUGUUUGACUUCUGCAUGAACUAAAUAAAACCUUAGCAGCGUAA